UAUACCAAGAUUGCAAGAAAGAUUAAUGCAUGAUGGGAACUGGAAGGAAGGUGGCAAUAAGCUUAAUGAAGUUGCGUUAAAAAUUCUUGAUACGUUAAAAAUUGUCUUCGCAAUCCAUGCUACAUUAUUUGAUAACCCUUUUGGAGAAUAUGUAUUCAUUACUAC